AUGUGUUUAGUUAGUAAAAGUGUCCAAACCUGCGAUCUGCCUCAAAUGAAUUUUUCUCAGUAUGAAAGACAAUUAGAAUCGUUGUUAAAGGAAUUUCAAGAAAGAUUUAAUGAUUUUUCGUCUUUUGAACAACAAUUUUCAUUAUUCGCAUCACCAUUCUCUUUUAAUGUUUCCAAUGCAGAUGAAAGUUUACAAAUGGAACUAUUGGAAAUCCAAUCAGAUUCUAUACUUAAAGUUAAAUAUUUGGAGGUUGGAAUACCUGCUUUCUUUUCAUAUCUUCCUGGAAAGUUUAAAAACUUUAAAAAGUUUGCAACAAAAAUCAUUGCCAUGUUUGGUUCGACAUAUGUAUGUGAACAGCUUUUUUCAUUUAUGAAAAUGACAAAAACUGCUCAAAGAACAAGACUAACUGAUGAAUAUUUAUCCUCAUUAAUAAAAGUCGGAACUACACGAAUAGCUCAGCCUGACAUAUCAAAAAUUGUAUCUAAAAAAAGAUAUCAAUCCUCUGGAAGCAGCUUUUACAAAAAUUAA